AAUUAUUCUCUAAUUUUCCUGAUGUCAGAUUAAAGAAAUCGAUCUUUCUCCAUGUAAAACGAUGAACUCUAUACUCCGGAUUAAUAUUCGAAAUCUGAAUACUCUCCUGAUAGAAUAAAAAGAAAAUCUCAAAGAUCAUAAUAAGCCAUUAUUUUGCCUACUGCUGUAAAUGUUUGUUUAAAUUAUAAAUCAGAUAAAUGAUUUGGAUAAGAAUCAUCUAAAUAAAUUUGAAAUUUAUUUAGAUGGGAACUAGACUAUAAAAGAAGGAUGGUUAUACUAAAGUAAAAAAGUUUAUAUUGAACUCACAAGAUAAUCAAUAAGAGAAUUUAAUGAUGAAUAAAAAAGUUAAUUGAUUAAGGUUGUUUCCUUAAAGGAAUUCGAAUUCAAUAUCUAAUAAGAUAAAUAAAUGAUUAAAAUAUAUUUCCCUCAUUUAAAUUAAGUAGUCAUAUAUUAAGCAAAAGAUGCUGUAGAAGCUAAAAUGUGGGUUGGGUGUUUAAAUAUUGUAUUAGAUAAACAUAGAAAUCAUCCAAAAAAUAAAUUAAAUUAAUUAGAAAUCCCAAGAUACUUUGGAUUUAAUGUAAUUUCAGAAGACUACUUUUUAAAAAUUGUAGAAUCUGGAGAUCUCUUACUAUUUGAAACUAAUAAUACAGGUGCUAAAUUAUAAAGAGUAUUCACUAAUACAAAAUAUGAUCAUGUAGCAAUUGCAAUCAAAAUGGCUAAUAAGUAUCUUUUCGUAUUUGAUGCCAAUGCAGAUACAGGAGUUACUUUUAUGGAAUGGUCAUAAUUUAUUGAAAUUAAUGAUCUUUAUGAAAAGUAAUACAAAUCUAUUUAUAAUAUUAUUAGAUUAGCUAUAAGAAAACUUAUAUGUGUAGAUCGAUAAGAAAUUGAAAAUAAAUUAAUAUAAUUUUUAUAACAAGUACAUGGAAAGAAAUAUGAAAUUACUUUUAGUAAACUCUUUAGAUAAAAGAGUUUAAGUCCUUCUAAAUAAAAUGAAAGUUUUUUUUGUUCAGAAUUAGUUGCUAAAGCAUUUAAAUAUUGUGGAUUACUCGAAUCAGAAAAAGCAAGUAGUUCAUUUUUACCUGUUGAAUUCACUAAAUAACUUAAAUUAACUAAUUAAACAUAAGUUACAGAUGACAUAGUUGUGAUACUAAAAAAACAUUUGACAAAAUGA